GGUAACAUUGUUUUACAGUUAAAUGCAAUGUUUCAGUAAAGAGACCCUUGUCACUGUUUGUAUGAUAUUGCUUGUAGAGAAACAGAUAUGGAUACAGUGAGUAUGAAUAUAAAUAGGAUCCAUAUCAAAAUUAAUAUUCUCACUUCAAGAAAAAUGUCAAAACGCCUCAAUAAAUGUCAACAUGUAAAGAGAAAUGGUUUGCACUUCUUUUAGUGUGCCUGUGCAAUCGUGCUGCUGUGGCCUGUUUUAGCCCUCGCCCAAAGGAACAGGUGCAGAUUAUCUCGUCAUAAGCUUUGCCAGAUCCUUUUCAGCAGCCCACCAUUGCUACACCCACAUGGAAAACCCAGGAGGAGAGGCUAAUUUAAGAUGCAACAGCAAUGGAAACGCACACGGUAUGAAACCAGGGAGAGCCAAGAUCAAAAAGCCAAUGAAAGAUACAGGCUCAUCUACAAAAAAGAUGUAAAAGCAAAGGAAAUUCACCAUAUCAGCCCCCAGAGAUGAGAGUCCGGACAGCUAAUCUCGACCUACUACUGACGGCCAAUGGAUCAUCCAAUGACAGUCACUAGAAUCCAUAAAGGGAGCUAAAAGAAGAUUUAAUGCAAGCGGCUCAAGAACGACUGGCAGAUAUGAGAGUGGUACUGGUGUGUGCCCUGCUCUCCCUAUUCUCGUUGUCACAUGCCUGUCCAAAGGAGUGUAACUGCAACAGCAACACCAAGGUGGUAGACUGCCGAGGUCGAGGCCUGUAUGACAUCCCCCGACGACUGCAUCCAGACACCCAAGAACUGUAUCUCCAAGAUAAUCGUAUCAGGGGCCUGGGAUCAAUGGCUUUCCGAGAAAUACCGCUUGUCCGCAUUCUCGAUCUAUCGAAUAACUCCAUAACAUCCGUUUCACCGACUGCCCUGCUUGGUCUCAGAACUCUACAGCGUCUCAACCUGGCCUACAACAGCCUGAGAGAGCUUGACAAGCGGUUGCUUGGGCCUAUCCGCUCGCUUUCACACCUUGACCUCUCACACAACAGCCUGUGGGGUUUGCCAGGAGCUAUAGGUGAUAGUUUGAGGAACCUAAGCCACCUGGGGCUAGCACACAACCGGCUAACCCGAUUGGACCGCUCCAUGUUGGAGGCCCUGACCCAUCUGGACAGCCUCACACUACGAAGUAACUCCUGGAGGUGUGACUGUCAGAUCAUGGGCCUCAAACUCUGGCUGGAGACCUACCUCUUUAAAGGUGGAGUGGUGGAUGAGGUGCUUUGCUCCCAGCCAGAAGAAAUGAAGGAAAAAGACCUGCAGAAAGUACCUUACCAGCUCUUCCACACCUGCAUGACCACAAGCUACCAUUACCUGUUUGCUAACAUACACCACUUGGAGAAUGAGAGGCUACUGCGUGGCCACACCCAUGGUAACCAUGCUCAUCCCUCGAGCCACGCUAUCCAUGUCCCCAUGGCAAUGGGGGAGGGUUUCGGUGGUGGAGGAGGAGGAGUAGGAGGAGGAGUAGGAGGAGGAGGAGGAGGAGGGGGUUUGCCAGAGUGUGAACCUAAGCAGAAGCACAGGCCUGUCAACUUGCGCCAUGCAAUUGCCACAGUAAUCAUCACUGGCGUCGUGUGUGGGAUUGUGUUUCUCAUGAUGCUGGUUGCAGCAGUGUACGGCUGCACUUAUGCCGCUAUCAUGGCUAAAUAUCAGCGGGAUCUUAAGAAGAACGAGGAGUUGGCAGCAACACAGAGGGCGGAUCACGCCACUGCAGAUGGGAAGGAACCGCUGGAGAAUGCUAUCGCCUAAGAGAUGAUAACAUGAACACUGGACCUAAAACCUGGGCCUCAACCCUUUAACCUAAUCUGCUAUGGAUGCCAUGUGUGUGUUAUUGCAUGUGUGAGAAAAAAGAAGAGAGUGUGGUUCUUUAUGUAUGUGCAUAUGCUCCUUUCUGAGACUUGGGUAGCUAAACUCCACAACUAUUUGACUAUGCACUGAUGAGAAGAGUACCUUCUACUGUAUGCGGGUUCGUGGGGCAGGCCAAAGAAUAAAAAAGGAAUCAAUUCCAUUUUUUUGAAAAAUGCAUAUCACAGAUAAGAACAAAUUGCUAUAUAUUUAUAUUUGUGUACUUGUAGGUAUGCUAGUAAAGCUCUCGUAUUAAAAAAUGGAUUUCAGAAUUAGUUUCCUUUUGGUUGUUGUUUAUAAUUGUGAGUCUGAUUUUGAGAUAACUCAUCGUAGGCAGCUGCUGUCAUUUAAGUAAAGUUGUUAAUAUCAUUGAUGUGAGAGUAUGAGAACAAAAAUGAGUGUUUGUGUAAGUAUUUAAUUUGUUCAUGUGUGUGUGUGUGGAGAUGUAUACUGUAUACAGAAAAUGUAUAAAGAAUUUAAGAGUCCGUGCCUAAUAGCGUGAUAUAGUUUUGAGAAGGAUAUGUGUUUUCUUAAAGGAUAUUUUUCUGACAACUAAAGUGAAAUUUAUUGAAGCAAUAAUGAAACCAACAAAAACAGCAACAAAACCUGGUCUCAGCCUUGUUGUUGUCUGAUAACUUUAAAGCUUUAUGAGUUUGAAUUAUCAUCCUUCUGCCCACGCCUACAUACAAAGACGUUUAGAUCUUCAGUUGUUAACGGUAGUCAUGUCAUUCAAAUUGAAAAUAAAGGGAGGUAUUUUACCUGAUUACUAUAUGUCUACUGGCAACUAAUUUAAAAAGGCAUGAACAAUUACUUGGAGAACGUAUUUUAAACCCUAAUCAGCAAACACAGAUUUCUUCAUUUGCUCUGUAUAUUUUUACAUGCUAAAAUAAUAACUUUUAUUUUUCUUCAGAUGCCAUUAAUUACUUAACUAAUAAUGGUUUUGGGAUGACUCAAUUUGCAUUUUGCUCAGAUGUUUGUAUUUUACAGUAUUAUAUAAAAAAUAAACAAGUAAUCUUGAAAUUAGCAGACAUUGCAUACA